AUGGGGUCUCUCAGAGAAGACUCUAGACCACAUCAAACCCAUGUCUUCGAUGGCCUCUUAUUUGAUUUUGAUGGAACAAUAGUUGAUUCAACGGCUGGUUGGUAUUCGAAACUUCAUUUGGUAAUCAUGGUUGCUGAUGUUUUCCCUGGUUUCUCAAGAGGAAGCAGGUUAGGACUUGAAAUCGGAGUUGAUCCCGCAGUAAUCCUUGCGACAUCGCACGGGCGGAGAAGUAUUGAUGUUUUAAAAAUAUAUGCGCCUGAAAAGGCUUCCUGGGAAUAUGUGAGCACGGCCGAAGCUCGAAUUCCUAGAGAGUACGGAAGCGACGCCAUCGAAAUCCCGGGUGCACGGAGUGUUCUGGAUGCGCUCAAUGAUGUGGGAGCGCCCUGGGCAGUAGUCACAUCAGGCACAAGAAUGCUAUUUGAUGGUUGGCUCGAUGUACUGAAGCUGUCUCGUCCAACUCACGUUGUGGUUGCUGAAGAUGUCGAAUUUGGCAAGCCACACCCUCGAUGCUAUCAGCUUGGACGUUCGCGACUUGGAUUUGACGAUAAGGCCACAAUGCUUGUUAUCGAGGACGCGCCUUCCGGUGUCAGGGCAGGCAAAGCCGCAGGGUGCAAAGUCCUGGGCCUUGCAACAACCCAUGAGUCUGCUCAACUUCAAGCGGCAGGCGCCGACUGGAUAAUCCAAGAUCUUCGUGAUUUCAAGUUUACGAGGAACCAUGACCACAUCGAGGUAGAAAUCCAGAAUUUGUUAUAA